UGAGCAUCCAAAUCGAAUGAACCAAAUCCUGUCGAGGAUAGUCAUGUCCCUGUCUAGUCUGGUCAAUUGGGUUGGGCAGUCGUGGCACCAUUCCACUUCAAGUUCCACCUCUGAAGCUCCCGACUCUUCAGAUCCCGAGCGGAACGGACACCCAACAAGUUCGAAACGAAAAUGGCCAAUCUCAUUGGGAUUCAUGAAAUCCUCCAUCAUGGGGCGGAGUGAACCAGCAGCCAGUAUAGGCGGUGUGGAACAUCCAGAGCCAGAAGAAGAGGAUACAAGUCAAGCCAGUUCCAGACCAAAGAUGGAACCUGAAUUGGAAAACUGCAAACCCUUGGACCACGACGGAGUUCGCACCAACUACAAGGCCGAGGGAAGAGGGCAAAGCGACCAUUCCUUGGAUCAAGCCUUUGAUCCUCUUGGAGGGUCGGUAAGCCUAAACCCACAAUUCGAGAAACCCAAAGAGACCAGCGGCGUAGUAAACAACGCCAAAUGUGUUGAUCCAUCGGUGGUUCAAGCCAAUGUUGGAACCCACGUGCCUCAAUGGGGAAGAGGGGGGACACAUGACACUCGAACAUCAGCAUGCGAGUCUCUCCUAAUUAGGAAUAAUGAGCUUCCACUGACAUCCCAUACUGAGAAGCAGCAACAGCAAAAGCAACAGCAGCAGCAGCAGCAGCAGCAGCAAUGGACUCAAAAUGAAGGGGAACGGCCUCCAGCUACUGAAGGCCAAAGACAGGAUUACCAUCAAGAUCUCGAAGCUCAAGAAUUGAAAGUUGACAAGCCCGGGAUAGUCAAGGACAAGUCUCCGUCAGUUGUUCCCUGCCAGCCUCUUCGAGAAAACGUCCAGACUUCAAGCUUCGAGUCAUCAUCGUCGUCUUCGCAUCAGUAUUAUCCGCCCUCUUCCCGUCAAGCUCACCAUUCAGGUGACCUUGUUCCUUCUAAUCCCAGCUUGGAUCGAGAACCCAUCGGUGCGACAGACCCGCGGAAUCGGGGCCUUCAGUUCAGUAAACCCAAGAGCGUCUCGGAAUUGAUUCUCCGCACUUCCAGUGGCUCUCAUUCAGGAUCGAGACCAAAGGUGCGGCGGUUCUAUUCCCAGCAACAGUCCAGCUCUUCCUUUGAUGGGUCCCAAUUCUCGGCGUGUAGUUCCACAUCGUUUUCCAAUGCCGAUCUGACCCCGUUGGUCGAGAACGAGGCCCAGCAUCAGUUGGUGAGACAAAGAAAGUUCAACUUCGAUCCCCCGAAAGUGCCCAUCGAUUGGAACGAUUACAAACUGUUCAAGGAACAAAUGAACCGUCGAAGGUCCACCGGCAGCCAUAUCAUCCGUGUCGUUCCACGUUUUCGUCCCAAGCAUCUGAGUUUUGAUGUGGAAAAUGGACCUUCGCCCAGUCGCGACCAUUUCGAAGGCUCGCCAGGCCUGGUGCUCCAAAACCUGCCCCAACGACGAGAAUCCUUCCUCUAUAAGUCAGACUCCGACUUUGAAAUGUCGCCCAAAUCCAUGUCCAGAAACUCGUCCAUCGCCAGCGAAGCCGGGCAUGGCGAGGACCUCAUCGUGACCCCGUUUGCCCAGAUCUUGGCCAGUCUAAGGUCGGUCAGGCAGAACUAUGUCACUCUCACCAACGUGCCGGCUCCUCGGAAUUCCACUCGACGUCAUCCUACGCCAAUUCAACCUCAAAAUCAGACAAAUCAUGCCUCCGAUGUUGGUCGAGAUGAGAACUACGUUCGCAACGCCAUUGAGACGCUCGAGGAGUUGGACUGGUGCUUGGACCAAUUGGAAACCAUUCAAACUCACCGAUCCGUGUCAGACAUGGCCACCAGCAAGUUCAAACGGAUGCUCAACAAAGAACUCAGCCACUUCUCCGAGUCCAAAUCCGGCAACCAAAUAUCAGAAUACAUCUGUAGCACUUUCCUGGAUAAGCAACAAGAUGUGGACCUACAAUCCCUGCGGACCAACACCGAUGACCAAGUGUCCAGUUCGUCAUCUUCCAGUGGAUCCAAUGGAAAAGGUGGCAGCAGUAAAGGCAAGGCAGCCGCCGCGGACUGCAUGUCCAAGAUCCCGGGUCUCAAAAAUCAGUUGUCACACACUAACAGUAUCACGGGGUCGACGCUCCCGGAAUUCGGGAUCGCCACGGACAAGGACGAGGAGCUGGCCGAACUUUUUUCCAAACCCUAUGAUUGGGGCCUGAACAUCUUCCAUGUCAAUGAUAUUGCCGUAGAUAAGGGCUUGACUGUGAUUGGUUACACGAUAUUCAAGGAAAAUGACCUCAUAAAUCAAUUCAAGAUUCCGCACAAGACUGUCCUGGCCUUCUUCAUGACUCUGGAAGAGCAUUACCUCAAGGAAGUUCCCUAUCAUAACUCGGUCCAUGCUGCGGAUGUCCUCCACUCCACCAAUAUCCUAUUGCACAGCCCAGCCCUCAAUGGCGUGUUUACUCCUCUGGAGGUGCUCGGGGGACUGUUUGCGGCAGCUAUCCACGAUGUCGAUCAUCCGGGACUAACCAACCAAUAUCUCAUCAACACAAGUUCGGAAUUGGCUUUGAUGUACAAUGACGAAUCGGUUUUGGAAAACCAUCAUUUAGCCGUGGCGUUCAAACUUGUUCAGAACAAGGACUGUGAUAUUUUCAUCAAUCUGAACAAGAAGCAAAGGCAAACUCUGCGCAAAAUGGUCAUUGACAUGGUUUUGGCCACGGAUAUGUCUAAACAUAUGAGCCUUUUGGCAGACUUGAAGACAAUGGUCGAGACCAAAAAAGUGGCCGGAUCGGGAGUUCUUCUCCUGGAUAACUACACAGACCGAAUUCAGGUUCUUCAAAAUAUGGUCCAUUGCGCGGAUUUGGCUGGUCCAACCAAGCCUUUGGAUCUUUACCGCAAGUGGUGUGGCCGUAUCAUGGAGGAGUUCUUCCAACAGGGUGACAAAGAACGGGACCAAGGACUUGACAUUAGCCCGAUGUGCGACCGACUCAACGCCACGGUGGAGAAAUCACAAGUUGGAUUCAUCGACUACAUUGUACAUCCACUGUGGGAGACAUGGGCUGAUCUGGUAUAUCCAGACGCAGGGGAGAUCCUGGAGAACCUCGAGUCCAACCGUGAGUGGUGGUUCAACCAGAUCGUGGACAGCCCAACGUCUACCACGAAAAAGAUUCUUACCGAAGAGGACGAGCCCAACUCAGGCUCUGCCUCCAGUGAAGAUGACGCCACUGCCGCCGGAGGAAGUGACAGUGGUGGUGGUGGAGGUAGUGGUGGAACUGGUGGGGGUGGCAGCGGUGGGGGUGGCGGCAGUAACAACAACAACAACAACAAUAAUAUCAACAACAACAGCUCUGGCGACAAGAGCAGUGCUAAUAGCUCGGCCAAUGCUGUGAGUGAUAGGAUCCAAUUUCAAAUGACCCUCCACGAGGAGGAUGAGGAUAAUCUGGACGAAAAGGACUUGGAGACGGAUGUAUGAGCCGCCCCGCCUGAAGAUUCUCUCUAACGGUGGGGGCAUGGGCGGUACUGCGCGGCUCAGUGAAACCAGUGUUGUGAAAAUGAGCAGAAGGAAAAAGGUCAGAACACGACCCAGAGCCAGUGUUGGAGAAAAGCCUGCGUACGCUUCGAAACAAAUGCAUCCCGCAUAAAAAAAAGAACAAGAAAGCUGACCGUGUCGAAGAAAUCAAUGCCCGAAGGUGUGUCCUUCUUAUGGGUGACGGAUGAAUCAAAACCAAACCUAAUCAUGGGAAGAACCAUCUUGGAAUAUCAAAGACUGCUGUGAUGCUCUGAGCACAACAAUCCAACAAAAGAAGUGUCAUAAGGCCAAAACAAAAUCAAUUGAAACAUGUGAAGGAGUCCGGAAACAAGCAUAAUAGAGCGCUGGUCGCAUUGUGAGGUGUCAAACCGUGGGAUAGUAAUGAGCAGAACGAUCUUCUACUUCAAAAAAUCAACCUUAUCAUUCAUCAUCAUCAACGUCAACGUCACCGUCACAUCUACUAUUCUGAUCGAUUACUUACUCUAUAUUUCAAGUACACAGUACAUAAUAUCUUCUCUACCAGUUAUAGCUAACAACCAUCCUUAGUCUCUAUGUCAAAAACCAAACUAACCAACUACUAUUACUACUACUACUACUACGACGACUAAAACAACAACCAGAACAACAACAACAGCAACUCAUUAUCAUCAAGAAUAUAUAGAUUUUCAUGUGGCCAAAAAAAAAAAACAGCUUAAAUAUCUCGAAUCCAACGUUUCGGUUUUUUUUCUACAGCUUUUAUAUUUCAUUUGUGUUCACGAUUUAUUUAGGUCGGUUUACUGUUGUUAUUAGGAUACCUGAUAUUAUGCUCUAAAAUAUGCUAUAUAGACAUCAAUUUGUGUGUAUGUAUAUGGGUGUUCCUCAUGACUUGUCAUAGUGGUUGUUGGUAUUCAAAGUUUCUCUUUUUUAGAACGGCCUCCUAGAUCAUCCCAUAUUUUCCUAAAUUUAUCACAUUCGUACUGAAAUGAAAACUCGAAGUCACUUUCACCACAUCUUGUCUCGAGAUGAAUCUUGCGGUAAAAAAUGUGUUGAAUUGAUGACUAUGGCAUGUCUUGAGGAUGAGGAUGAUGAUAUGUGGAUUGACACUGUUGGAAUUUCUGGCUGGGCAA